AUGGAAUUGAAAGGUAUUAAUUCAUGUCAAACUCCAUUAAUAAAUAAUUCAAAAAUUAUUACUAGUAGUACAGAUAUAAUUUCAAAUGUUUGGUGUCCAUCAUCAUUUGAUAAUGAACCAUAUUUAUUAAUAUCAUUAUCUAAUUUAACUUAUAUAACACGUUUAAAUAUAAAAACAAUAUCAUCAAAUAUAUAUUAUCAUCUUGAAUAUACACGUGAUAAUUUAAUUAAUCACUAUACUAUAUGGCAUUCGUAUCGUUUAUUAAAUAAUAAACAUGAGACUAUUCAACUUGAUCCACCAAUUAUUGUUAAAUAUAUUCGAUUAAAUAUUAAACAAAUGAAAAUAAAUUCAUGUUUUCAAUUAGAAAUUUUUGGUUGUAUAUUUACUGAUGGUGUUGUAUCUUAUAGUAUGUUACAAGGUAAUAAUCAACUUGAAGAUGAUACAUAUGAUGGACAAUAUAAUAUAAAACAUCGUUAUUUAUAUGAUGGUCUCGGACAAUUAUCUGAUGGACAAACAGGGCCCGAUGAUCAUGAAGAUCUACAUGGUUUUCAAUGGGUUGGUUGGAGAAAAUCGCGUUCUGCAAAUCAUAAUCAUUCGAUUGAAAUAUUAUUUAAAUUUGAUACAUUAAGAAAUUUUUCUCGUAUAACAAUACAUGCCAAUAAUUAUUAUCCAAAAAAAAUCUAUGUAUUUCGUUCAGUAAUAAUUGAAUUUUUAAAUUAUAAUAAUAAUAAUAGUUCAUCAUUGAUUACAUAUAAUCAUCAACGUGAUGAUCAAUUUGAAAUGGCUCGACCAAUUAUGAUUGAUUUAAAAUAUCAUAUUGCUUCACAAUUAAAAAUUCAUUUAUAUUUUGAUGGAAAUUGGAUUUUAAUUAGUGAAGUUACUUUUGAUUCAUUUAUUGUACCAACUACUUUAAUUAUCAAAUCAGAACAACAACAACAAAAACAACAAUUACAAUCAAUUUAUUUUUCAAUUAAUAUUAUGAUUAUAUGUAUAGCAACUAUAAUAAUUAUUUUAGUAUUUGCAUUGAUCAUUAGUCUUACUCGAUGUCUAUUCAAUAAAAGUUUAAACAAUAAAAAAACUUAUUUUACACCAAUUCAUAAUCAUACUGACUCAUCAGCAUCAACAACAUCAAGUGAAAUUGAUAUAGGUUCAUCACAUCAUCGUUAUGCAACUAUUGGAUCUAAUCAUCCAUAUCUUAUUUAUACUAAUGGAAAUAUAUCAUCUUCUCAUUAUUCUAAAUUUAUGUCAACAACAACUUUAUUACGAUCACCAUCGAAAAGUCUACACUAUCAUAUAGAAGGUGUUUGUGGUAAUAGUUCAUAUGGUACACAAAGAUUAUUUAGCUUUGAUUUAAAUCAAAAUCAAUUUAUACCAAGUCAUAAAAUUAAUAUAAAACGACGAAUUGAUAAUCGUCAUCAAAUUCUUGGUGGUGGAGAGAUUUGUCAAGGUGAAUUACAAUUAAAUCAAUCAUUAAUACCAAUAACUAUUCGACGUCUUCUUCCCAAUGCAUCAGUACAAUCAAAAAUUUCAUUUUUCAAUGAAAUAAGUCUUUUAACAUCACUUUGUCAUCCAAAUAUUAUUCAUGCAUAUGGAUUUUGUUCUGAACCAAGUAUAUCUUUAUUAAUUGAAUCAUCUGAUAUAUCUACAGUAGAUCUUUAUCAAUAUCUUCAAAAUUAUAAACAAGAACAACCAAUUAAAACUAUUCUUUAUACUACAACAGUAUUUUUUGCAACUCAAAUUUCAUCAGCUUUAACUUAUUUAGAAUCUUUACAUAUUUAUCAUCGUGAUUUAGCUGCACGAAAUUGUUUAGUUUCAAUAGAUCUUAAUAUUAAAUUACACGAUUUAGCUAUGUGUAAUGAAAUCUAUGCAGAUGAUUAUGUAUUAGUAACAGUUGGAAAUGAUAUACAAACAAGAAGACCUAUUCGAUGGUGUGCUUGGGAAACAAUUUGUUUAAAUCGAUUUACAUCAAAAUCUGAUGUUUUUUCAUUUGGUGUUCUUCUUUGGGAAAUAUUAACCAUGGCUGAACGACCACAUAGUUUAUUAGAUGAUGAACAAGUUCUUUUUAAUUUACGAAAUUCUAAUCAUUGUUUAACUAUUCCAUCAUAUGCAGAUGAUUUAAUAGAUUUAAUUUUAUCAUGUUGGAAUAAAUGUGACUAUGAUCGACCUUCAUUUUAUCAAUUAAAUCAUUUAUUAAGUCAAAAACAACAACAACAACAACAAUUUUUGACAAUGAAAUCUGAUAAUUAUCAACAGAUUGACUAA